AUGGACAGUGGAGAGUCUAAUGGAGAGCCUUCGGCCGACUUGUUCAAGGCCACAGCUGCGCUGAUCCUUUUCUCGAUAGCGCUGGUCGGAGGUCUCCUGCCUCAGCGUCUGCAAAAUGUCGGCAAGAAGGUCGUGUCGUGCCUCAACAUGGCAGCGGGCGGAGUCUUCUUUGCUUCGGCGAUGGUGCAUAUGUUGCCCGAGAGCAGCGAGACGCUGAACGACGCUUGGGGGGACGUGUUUCCAUGGGGCGGCUACUUUUGCGCCUUCGGGUUCCUUUUGAUUCUUUGCAUAGACCAAGCGGUGUCGAUAUCCCACGCAAGACGCAGGAAGGGGAGAAAGGGGGGCCACAGCCUGGUGCCCACGGAGCCACCAAGCGUGGAUGACCUGAACAGGUUCGGCCAAAGACGGGGAAUAAACGGCGGGAGCCAUCGGAACACCGACUCAGAAGACCUGGCAGAGCUCGAGAUGGCCGCUAUUUCGCCGAAGGCUCUUCUGGGUUCCUCCGCCAUGGGCGAUUCGCAUGAGGCGGUGGUGCGAGGGGGGGGCACCAACGGUGACCGUAACGGUAAUGGCGGCGAGGCAGGGGGAGCCAGUGGUAGUAAAGGGGGUGGGGGGGCAGGAAGCAACGGGGGCGGAGCGUGUCCACAGCAGGGGUUGAUCUCGUCGCCGUCGUCGACUGACUCACACGGAGACGAGGACUGCGCGGAUCAUCAUCACCAUGGGGGGCACGCGCAUGCGCACGGGCUGGGGGGGGAGGGGGACGGAGUGUGGGUGCGCCUGGCUCUGCUGUUGGCGUUGUCGGUGCACUCGGUGAUGGAAGGGCUGGGAGUCGGCGCUAAGACCACGAAGGCUUACAACUUGCUCUUCGCGAUCGGAGUCCACAAGGGACUCGCGGCGUACGCGCUAGGCGCCUCCCUGCUCCAGAGCGGCGUCUACGGAAAGCAGGUCACCCUGUUCGUCAUCGCCUUCUCCGCCAUGACCCCCCUGGGCAUCCUCCUGGGCGCCCUCAUCGAAAAGGACGGCGAGGAUGACUCGGGCGGUGCCGUGUGCGUAGCGCUGGCGGCGGGAACUUUCCUGUAUGUUUCCUUGAUGGAGGUUCUCCCGCCGGAGCUCGCUUCUACGGAGAACGGGUGGAGCAAGAUGGGGUCCCUGGUGCUGGGAUUCGUGGUCUCGGCAGGGGUGGGGUGGCUCGUGGGGUGAUCCGGUUUGGUUCGGUCUGCGGUACGGUUUCUUUUCGGUGGUCUGUAGUCUGUUGGGGUGAUGUGAGCGAGCUCUACAAGAGGUUGCCUAGAGAAAAGGAUGGGUGGGACGCGGUUAUCGCAUCGCCGUCUUUGAAAAUGAUUGCCCCUCGAGGUUUUUCGACCAAUGAGAAAACUGCGUGCCACCCUUUCAGUGGCCAGGUAGAUGUGCUCACGGGAAGACCGCUUUAUUUCCGUACAGCAGUAAAGGUGUUUUUUUGGCGAAUGUACACGUAUUACAGUUACAUUCGUGGAACGGACGGCGGGGACAACGGGCAGGAGUCGGAUAGGGUAGGCGUGAUUUUGGUUCAAGCGGGGGGUUAUAUGCCGUUUGGGGAACGCGGCUUGUGCAUGGGAAGUCAGGACUCAUCAGUGCGCCUAGAUAAUGCUGCUUUGAGAACCUAGAUUUAAAAAUGUGACGUCUGCCUUGUACUCGCCCCUUCGGCGGUCUUAGUCUUCUUGUUGUCAACGUCUUAGCCGACCCUAAGGGGCGGGAGGCGCAGUCGUAUUCUUGUGGUUUUAACAACACCUCAACUGAGAUACACCUGUGACAGAGUUUUAGCCUGGGAGGAAUUGCGCCUGGAGCAGAUGAUAGCACGCAACUUACACCCACGCUUGCGGUCGUGCGAACUGUCGUAGCAACAUGUUGAUUAAUUUUUGUGCUUGGGUUUUCGUUUGCAUGGUGCCCGUCCACUUAGAGAGUGCAGGCCGUGUAGUAUUUUGUCGCUACGUAGUUGGCGCCAUACCCUGUUGAGUUUGGGCGCCACCACCCACCCUCCAGGCUACAGGUUGCCACACUUUCUACUACUACUAUUCGUUGUUUGUCGAUAUGUCUACAUACCAUGGCAAGUGGUUAGCGCGGAAUCGCGACACCCCGUUUGCAGACGGUUUUUGCUACUUGUACCCCCCCCCCCCCUCCAUCCCCUUCUUUUGACGUUUGGUGGUGUAGCGGAUGUUCCCGAUCAUGCGGCGCCUUGGGGGGAUAAGGUGGACCGGGGGGUUUGGCACGGAUGUCGAGACGAAGUGCGGAGGACAGUGAGUCGCGAUAAACGUGCGUAUUUUUUGUGUGUGGUUUCAGUCGUAGUGUGGGUUCUUCCUGUUGUUGUUGCUGGUGUCCUUGUUACUGCUGCUGUUGUUAACUACUUGAUUGUCGUCGCACGCAUUACAAAACUUUUCCGAUCUCUG